CUGUAAGUCAUCUUUGUUAUUUCUUAGGAGUGACAACGCAUAAAACUCGGGUACAUAGCAGUUAGGUCAGUGUAUGAAAUCUUUUAUUCAAGAAACUUCUUCAGUAUAAAUUCCAAUAUACGAAUUUCCAUUUUACAUCGAUGUUUAAAUAACACUAAUAUAUAUAUCUAUAUAAUAAUGACAAUGGAAAAAAGUCCUUACCGGUCGACUGUCAGAAAAAUUUCCGGCGUCAGAAGGCAUCCUACAUGGAUUAAUACUCUUCAAACUCCAAUAGUCUUGGAGAGUGGAUUAGCAACACUAUGUUCCCAAGAAAGUAUUUCUAAGAUAAAAAAUGCUAACCAACAUGAAAGGAAAGAAAUACGAGGUUUGAACGAUAAACUUGCCAAUCACAUUGAAAAGGUACGUUUCUUAGAGGCUGAGAACACAUAUUUUAAGGAUCUCUUAUGGAACAGCAACCAUAGCUUAAAUAUUGGUAUAAUCAAGAAUUCGUAUCAUGCUGAGAUGGGCAUCUUGAAAGCAGACAUACGGAGGAAGGAUAUUAAACUUGCAGCCUUACAAUCUAAAGAGGAAUCGCUAGAAGAAGAAGUCGAUUAUUUGUGCGCUCAAACGAGUCAUGUGCGGGACAGAAAUGAUGAAAUGGGGCACGCUAUUGACGGUUUGUAUGAUGACAUUUCCCGUCAAAUUUCAGACAGCGAAACAAACCAAGAGAGAGCAAAUUACCUCGAAAAACAACUUGCUCGCUCGAAAGAGAAAUAUGUCCAGCUUGCGAAUGAAAUGAAACCACUUGCAUCGGAUUUACGAGACGAAACUACUCAAAGAUUGAUUGAAGCUGCACGUGUCAAGUCAUUAGAGAAUGAACUUGCUUUCCGCACUGAUGUCCAUGCUCUUGAGAUGAAAGAAUACCGAUCAAUGCUAUCGAAGAUGAAGAACCAGCCCAGUUUAUGUGAUAUACCGAAAGCUGACGUUGAAAGUAUGGUUUCUGAUUUAAGUAAAGAAUAUGAAUUUCAGUUACAACAAAUUACUACUCAUCUUGAAAACAGGUAUAGUGCACAGCUCAAGGAAUUUCGUCUUCCCGUGAUAACUACAAAUGCAGAUACAGUCAAUUCCUCGUGUAGCGUGCAUUUCCGUUCCAAAAAUAAGAAGUCACUGGAAACAUUAUCAGAAUAUGAAGGCACGAUUACAAACCUGAGAAAUCAAAUGAAUUCAUUAGAAGCCGAGCUGGAGAUGAUACAAGAACAAAAAACGAAGGAGAGGAAUGAAAAUGAGUUCAAAGUCAAUGAACUGCGCUCGGAGAUUGAAUUACUUUUGAAGCAAUUAAAAGAUCUGAUGGAUUCUAAACUCACCUUGGAAACGGAGAUUUCAACUUACCGGAAACUCCUUGAUGGAGACGACAAUAGGAAGAACCUUGAUGAAAUAGUGAUUCCAGUACACGAACACCAAACACAGAGUGAAAACGUACAGGCUAAUGCACUGGGAAAUGAGUUAAAUAUAGCAUUAAGGUACCCUUCAUUUGCAGAUUUCUUAAUGGGAAGAAUCAAAGUGGAACGCACUACAAAAGGGACUGUGUCUAUCAUUGAAUUAGACCCCGAUGGAAAAUACAUUGAACUUAAAGAUAAGUCUCUAGAGAAUGCAACAAACGUGAAGGAUUGGACAUUAACCCAAGCAACAGAAAAUGGUGAGAGCUAUACACAUACAUUUACAGACAGUAACGUGUUCAGUUCUAGUAAAUUCAUCAAGAUUUGGGGACACAAACACGGUUCUGUAGAAAGUGGCAUUGUGUCCUCCACAGUCUCGGAAUGGUCUGCAUUGAGUAAUCCUUCGACAAUUACUUUGAAAAACAACAAUAAUAAGAUAUGUGCUGCCUUUGUAUCAAAAUUGGUAUUUGACUGAAUGGAGUAAUUCAAUAUAAGAAAGACAACUGCUGAGCGCCUGUGCUUUUUUCUUAGCUGAGAGGACAAAGUUUUUCGAACAGUUCGGCCGAGUUUCAUAGUCCUAUUGCCUUUCAUUAUAGUUAUACUUGCGUAAAAUAACUCUACUGCUAACUUUAAUUUUGCUGUUUGUGUCUUCCUUUUUUUUUACAGGAUUCUCUCCAAAGAGAGAAUGAUAAAUGAAUGAUAAAGCACAGCACUACUUUUAGUUUUCUUUACGUGAUAUCUCGUGACGAUUAUGAAAUAUUAACCAACGUUAUUUACCAUUAUAUUUUCUGCGGUAGACUGAUAUUAUCGCUCAGUUUAGUACCAUCACCUGGUCUUUGGAUGUUUUCAGAGAAGUCAACUCCACUAUUUUGUAAGCAAAAAAGCUAGGUUUUUUUCACCUAAGGAUAAUCUCUUUCCCCUCACGAACCUUGGAGGCUCUGGAAACAAUGGUGGACGUUAGAAAAUCUCCACCGAUUAAAAUAUUUAAAAUAUUUCCUUCGCAGUGAAUUUCAAUAGCUUUUGUUUUAUAUUUGUGGCAGUAAAAUAUAUGCAUGCCACUUUGUAUUAUUACAUACACAAAUAAAAGGAUUAUAAGUGGCAAUAUCGGAAAGAACGAAUUAAUUUUAUUGGAAUUAAUGGUGAAUGAAUUUCUUUUAAUAUCUUGAAGGAGUAUCACAAAUUUUCUUUUGUAGGAUUUUCUUUCCAUAAUUACAAACAAUAAAAAGUUUUUUAAAUAACUACUUUUUGUGUAAUUUCUCAAUUAAACCAGUCAACUAAACUCAAACAGGCAAAUGGUCAAGUACAUAACGCAACAUGAAUUUGUAGAUUAUGAAUAAAAUAGGGAUUUUUCUUAUAAGAAAAGAUCUUAUCGAAGACCUUAUUAUUUUCUCUAUUUUCCUGUUGCUUACAGUAGCCAGUGUUACCUGGUUAGUAUUAAUUUUGAUAACAGGUACGUAUAGCGCGCCAUUUGAGGUAAUAGUAUUCAAGUUGUGGAUAAAUUGGAAAAUUUGAAUUGGGAUGCCCAACUGACCCUACUAUGCU